GUUCAGAGGGUCGCGCAUGGUUGCAUUGCUGGCUUCAUCCAUUUUCUAUAAAUAGUUUUUCUUAUUUGACGUCGUAAUUAAUUCUUUAUAAGUGCUAAUGUACUUUUCAUCUUGCAAAAAGUAAUCGCCUUGAAUAGUAAAAUACAAAUAUGUGGUAGACAAAGCAUGGUAUGUCUGCGGUUGUGUGAAAACUUUGAUAAAGAAAACAUUCCUUCUCAGACAAUUUUCUGCUUGGAGCAGAGUGGGCAAUCUUCAAAUUAUCUACAUGAAAUACCGAAUUCCAACCAAGACGGUCCAGGCAUACAUGUUGUCAUGGGAAACGAGGCAUGUGACCUGGACUCCAUGGUGUCUGCGCUCACGUUCGCCUACUUCCUGUCAAAGACGCUGGAGACGGGCAAGGUGGCGGUGCCCGUGCUCAACAUCCGUCGGGAAGAGUUCCCGCUGCGGACGGACAACGCCUUCCUGCUGAAGGAGACCAGCCUGGCCACAGACCUGCUGCUCUUCCGGGACGACCUGGACCUUCACGCCGCACACCGAGCCAAACGCCUCACCCUCACGCUGGUGGACCAUAACAUUCUCCCCAGUGGCGACGCGUCUCUUGAAGAUUCCGUAGUGGAGGUAAUCGACCACCACCUGCUGGAGAGGAAGCCCUCGCCCUCCUGCCCCGUUACCGUGGAGACGGUGGGCUCCUGUGCCACGCUGGUACUCGAGCGCAUCGCCCAGAAGUCACCAGACAUACUAGACCAACAGGUGGCACAGCUCCUAUACGGCACCAUCGUACUGGACUGUGUGAACAUGGCCCCAGAGGCAGGCAAGGUCACUCCCAAAGACAGUCAGUACGCCAGCAUGCUGGAGGCGCGCUUCCCAAACCUGCCACCAAGGGGCGCCCUGUUUCAGUCCCUGCAGAACGCAAAGUUUGAUGUGUCGGGCCUCACCACCGAACAGAUGCUUCUCAAAGACAUGAAGGCAGCCACGGGAGCCGACCUCAAUCUGGCUGUUAGUGUGGUGUACAUGACGCUAGAGGCCUUCCUCCAGAGGCGUAGCCUGCAGCAGGAGUUGUGUGAGUUCUGCCAUAAGUACAAGUACAACCUACUGGUAGCCAUGACGAUAUCCUUCAGCGAGAACAACGAGCCCUUCAGGCAGCUGGCCGUCUACAGCUCCAGCACCCUCUACAGAGACGAGAUGAGCCGAGCGUUGGAGCGGGCCCAGACCCCCAGCCUGUCCCUGUCCCCGAUGAGCAGCCCGUACCCCGACGUGAAGGCGUACGCGCAGGGCAACACUCUGGCCUCGCGCAAGAAGGUCCUGCCCAUCAUCAAGGACUUCCUGAAGUAUUGGGAGAAGCGCACGGCCCCCGGCGGGAACCUGGACGAGCUGGGAGACCUGGAGGGGGAGGCGGAGGCGGAAGGGGAGGGCGAGGCGCUCUGCUGCCCCGGCAUGGAGCAGGGGAGGCGGUACCACUCGCACCGGUGCACGGAGGGAGACGGGGAGGCGGAGGAGGAGGUGGAGGGGGAGGGGGACGGCGAGAAGUUGCCUCCCACCCCCAUGAACAGCCUGGUGGAGGGCUGCCCCUUGGACCAGGGCCUGCCGCGCCUCACUCAGGAGGCCAUCGUGGAGAAGUUCAGCAGGAUGGCCAGCCAGGAGAACGACCCCCAGGACAAGGCAGGCCAGGAGGGCGUUUGAGGAGGCGGUGGGGUUGGUUUUCACGGGGGUGGGGGUGGGGGUACACCAGCCUCGCCCCUUGCCCCCGCCCCCCUCUGCCUCCGCCUCCUGACCCUGCCAUCUGGUUGUUGCCUUGGCAUUGGCAACCCCUGUGGCUGAGGGUGUCCUUACGGAGUUGCAAGGUUUGCUGUGGAGGACGGACACAGGGUUGUGGUGGCAUUGAUUUGUCCUGAGCCAGCCUGACUGACUGACUGACUGCAUGUGGUGUCAAUGUGCAUGAAGAACUCUGAUCAACAGAGAGGGAAGGGAGGAAGGGAGGAGGAGGAGGAAGGAGAAGGAGAGGAGGAUGGUGAUGGGUGGGGGAGAAAGAGAGGGAGGAGGAGAGGGAAGGGAGGAAGGGAGGAGGAGAAGGAGGAGGAGGGAAGAGAAGGAGAAGGAGAGGAGGAUGGUAAUGGGUGGGGGGUCUUGGAGCAUCUUGGCUGUCUGUGCAGGUCAUACUAGAGGUGCUCAGUGGUUGGACUGUUUCAUGACUUUGGACUACACAUGCUGUUGCUGCUGCUGCUGCUAAUGAUGAUGGUGAUGAUGGUGAUGACUUGCUGUAAUCGAGAAUGACGACAUGUUACAGCGUCAUUGCUUUACCGUGCAAGAUAGAUAUUUACUCCCAUUUCUUUAGCGUAUAGCCCCCAUGAUCUGCAUAUUUGGCUGAGGUGUCAAAAGUAAAAAAAAAAUAAAAAAAAACUUUAAGAAAGGCUGUUUCUUUCCAACACAGUGUACUUAUCUUACGAUCAGCUGACUGUGCUGGUGGUUGGAUCAAAUUUGUGGUGGGUUCUUGUUAGGUUUUUAGCGUUUUUAAGUACCGGUAACAGCACAGUCUAUCAACCUCAUUAGGUACAAUGGAGUAGACCGUGUAACAACCCUGUAAUAUGUUAGUGCUCGUGUUGUACUUACACCAUGAAUUUGUUUUUACUUUUACUUUUGACACCUCUGAUCUUUAGACAAAGAAAUCAUCUCUUAAAAGUGUGUUGAAAUUAGCUAUCAAAUCAAACAUAACAUUUUCUGAAUUUAGAUUUUAUGUAUUCUUUCUGAAACCAAAGCUAAGUUAUCAGAUCAAUUCCUGUUCUGAAUGAAGGGAUAUAACUUCAAACCUUAUUGGAUGCUUUUCAAAGUUUGUGAGUGUGUUCUCUCUAUCCAUUGUUCCCUUCCUAAUCUUUUAGAAGGUUUUAGAACCGAUACCCAAAAUAUUGAUGAUGUAUUACUAUGUAA